AUGGAAGAUUCGCUUAUUCAAUUAAAUGAUUUACCUGAUGAAAUUCUUAUGAUGAUUUUGAAAAAAUUGCAUAGUUGUGACGUACUCUAUUCUUUAAUAGGUGUUAAUAAACGACUUGAUACUAUUGUGCAAGAUUCAUUUGUUACAGCAUAUUUAACAUUGACAGUGUCUCCUUAUGGUUUUCUUAACUUUACUGAUCCAAUACUUGAUCGAUUUUGUUCGAAAAUUUUACCUAAAAUUCAUCAUAAAAUCGGAUGGAUCAAUGUUGAAUCAUCGUCUAUGGAACGUUUUCUUCGUUCAAAAAAUUAUCCGAAUUUAUACAGCCUUGGUCUAUGUCAUCUUGCAUCAGAAACAGCUCGAGAUCUAUUUACCGAUGGAAGUUAUUUAAUUCAAAAUUUCAAAAAUCAAAUUUCAUCACUUAUGAUUCAUAUUAGUAAACGUUGUCAAGAGUCGACUUCAAUCAAAGAUAUAAAUAUAUUUAUAUAUACACAAAUCUUUACUAGGUUCAAGAAUUUAAAAAAUUUAAAUUUCAAUCCAACUUCAGCUUCUCAAUAUGAUCAAUUAAUAUUUAGUCCAUCACCUCCAAGAAUUUUUUCAUCAACUCUAUUACAAUUGCGUGUCGUCAAAUUUAAAUUUAAUAUUCAUUCAUUUAUUCCUUUUAAUAAUCAAAUUAAUUUACCAUCAAAUGAAUAUAUUCAACAUACAUUUAAAAAUUUUGCAAAUAAAAAUCAAAUUAUUUCAUCAAUUGAUUGUUUUCCAAAAGCAAAUGAAUUUCAUUGUCAUAUUUAUUCAUAUCCAUAUAUAUGGACAGAUUAUGAUAAUAUAACAAAUAAUUUUCGUGGUGGAUUAUUUAAAUCUGUUCUUAAACUCUCAUUAGUUGAUGAACGUCCUUUCGAACGUGAAUUUUUUCUUCGAAUUGCUAAAUCAUUUCCAUGUGUCAAAGAAUUACAUGUACAUAAUCAAGAACCACAAAAGAAUGACAAUCAACAAUGGUCAAUCAUUGAAUAUUCUUAUCUUAUUCAACUUGAUCUUCUUAAAACUCAUGAAAAUUAUGUGGAACAAUUUUUGAAUAAUACUAAACUGUCUUUAUUACAUAAUAUUUAUCUUCGUGUGGAUUAUGAUACUUUACAAAGAGUAACAGACAAUUUUACAAAUGAUACAACACGAAUGAAUUGUUCCAAAAUCAAAUAUCUAAUUUUAUACAAUCAACCAGAAUUUUGUUCUCCAAAUUUAAAAGACUAUUUUGCUCAUGCAGAAAUCUGGUGA